UCACAUUUACAUAAACUUAUAAAUUGGUACGCAUCGAUACAUGACUUCACACUUGCGAAUUCUUUGGAGGAGGUUUCAUUCGUCUUGGUCUGCUGUUUUGAAACCAUUUGCAAUUACAAAAAUGACAUAUUAUGAACCAGAUAUCCCAACACAGAAAGCCACGUUCGCACUUAGCUGAUUUUGGUUCCCCGAGGCACAGUUUGGCUGUGUCGACGGGGUUAUCCACACCAGGGUCGGAUACACUGGAGGAAAGAAACUGAAUCCAACGUACCAUGACUUAGGUGACCACACAGAAACUGUUGAAAUGGAUUUUGAUCCAAAAACAGUUUCAUACGAGUCGUUGCUGAAAAUGUUUUGGGAGAACCAUGAUUCUACCGCUUGUCACAACAGACAGUACAUGUCUGCUAUCUUCUAUCAUGACGACCAACAGAAAGAGUUAGCUGAGAAGACCCGUGAUGAACAUCAGAAGACGUUGUCAAGAACCAUUGCUACCAAAAUCAAAAAAGCUGACCGCUUCUACGAAGCAGAAGAUUAUCAUCAAAAGUAUCUGCUGCGUAAUAACCGCGGACUAUUCGCAAGCCUGAAUUUAUCAGCUAAGGAGAUUCUAAACAGCCAUGUGGCAACACGAUUGAAUGGUUAUGUUGGUGGCUAUGGAAUGCUGGAGCAGUUCAACAAGGAGUGUGACAAGUUAGGAUUGAGUUCUGAGCAAGCCAAAUACAUACGCCAGGCUGCUCGUCGUGGCCCUUUACACUAACAAUGAUUUGUCAAGGUUUGGAAUCUUUGAUUUGAUCUAGUGAAAAUGGUUAAGAUCAGGUUGUAAAUGAUUAGCCUUUUUAAUGCCAUAAUUUUUAUCACUAAAUUUCUUUUGGACCAAAUUUACACAAUUUUCAAAAAAGUAUACACAUUUAUUUUGUGAAAAGUUGAUUUUGGUGUAAAUAGGAUUAUCAUUUUCAUCUGCUGACCACCAACCACCUGGUGACCUCAUCUGCUGACCAUCAACUUGCUGGUGGCCGCAUCUGUUGACCAUCAACUAGCUGGUGACUCCAUCUGUUGACCAUCAACUAGCUGGUGACUCCAUCUGUUGACCAUCAACUAGCUGGUGACCACCAACUAGCUGGUGACGCCAUCUGUUGACCAUCAACUAGCUGGUGACCACCAACUAGCUGGUGACCUCAUCUGUUGACCUCUAUAUGCAAACUCAAUGAAGCCAAACCUUACAUAACUUGUUACUGAAAGAAGAAAUCUGCACUUAUAACUUGGUGUAUUUCUAAUUUAUUAAUUUUUUUACAUACACAGGGUGUAAUGAUGUCUGAUGGUCAAUUCACUCACCAAAGUGAAUCCAUUAGACUGAUGAGAUAUUGCUCUGAUAUGUCUUAACUUUUUAUGUCUGAAAUACACAUUUGACUUAUAAUUGUAAUAUUUCAAUCUUGCAGUACGUACAAUUUGUCUGUUUUAACUAUAUAGUAAUUAAUCCACUAAUACUCACUAUUGUCUGUUUUAACAAAUUAAUUAACCUUGUCUAAUUUAAAACACAGCAAUCAAUUUUUUACUGUGUAAAUCCUAUUUAGAUUUAAAAAAAAAUCCUUCCAGUCAUGUAAACAAUGAACAAUUUCCUGCUAAAAUCCAUCAAGUAUCUAUGUAUUGUAACUCUAAUACAUUGCUGCCAAUAACUAUCGCCUAGUGAUACCAGAAAGUAAUCUCAAGUGAUAAAUGCUGUUGUCAUUAAUAUUUCAAAAUAACAAUAAAAUAAUACUAUAUUAUCCUUAUUUUGAGAUGUGCACAAAUUCAUUUCUUCAGUGGUUUAUGAAAAGAAUUCAAAUAAAUUUCACAUUUACAGCACCAUAAAACAUUUACAUAACUGCACCCUCUGAAUAAGACUUGAAUAUUCAAUAAAGGAAAAUUUUUUUUUUAAAUAUUCAUACUUUCAUAUGCUGAUUAAUAAUAGUGUGAGUUUU